AUGACAUCGCGCGAUGCAGUGCGGGCGUCGUGCACGACGAAGCUCUGGCGCGACCUUGUCGUGAACGAUGAGCUUCUGUGGAAGCGCCAUUUGGAGAAGGAGCUGGGAAUCUUCGAUAAGCAAGGUGCUGAUGGCACUUCCAAGUCUAGCUCCUGGGAAGUAUACUUAAGCUGGAGGCACGCGUUCAGCGACGAGUACUGGCCGUUCUUAGGCCGAGCCAUUAAGGCAUGGAGCAAAAUCAAGGCUUGGCUGGGGGCUAACGCUCCGGAUAUCCUGGUGACCAUUAAGCAGCUUGGGAAUUCUUCGCGGCAAGCGGCGGCUUCCCAGUUAUGUUCGAGCAGGCAGGCAGGGAACGUUUUGUUUGACAGUCUCAGUUGCGGGAGCGGUCUGAGUGAGGCGCAGGUGGCGGACAUGGAGAUGGUGCUGGGCUUUUCGCUGCCACACGCGCUCAAAGUCCUGUACCGGCUAUACGACGGACAGUCCCUGCCUUGUGACGCGGUGGUGGAGAACCGCAUCCGGCAUCGCGCCCGAGCCCGUGGCGGCAGCGGCGUCGCCCCGGCCGAGAACCUACAGGCGGAGAUUAACGUGGAUCAGGAUACCAUGGCGCGGUCCAUCUUCUCCGGCCUGUUUGGUGGGUACGCUGUGUACGACCAUAGGGUGGUGUCCCGGCUGCUGCCGCUGCGGCGCGCGGUGCUGUGGCGGGAGGAGCUCCUGCAGGCGGCGACGGCGGCCUCGCGCCAUUGUGGAGGGCUGCGUGAGGGCAUGGACCGUCUCCUGCCAUUGACAGCGUCGUACAACCCUUCCGACAAAGUGGUCAUGGCGGAUGUGGUGGGCGGGGGUGUGGCGGUGGCCAAGGUCGUCCCCGGCGGGUUUGAGUUGCGUGAGGCGGCGCCAAAAUCAGACACUGAGGACGGACCGCUGCGCUGGUUUGAGGAGUACGCACGGCGGCUGGCGGACGGCUGGUACGAGGUUUGCGACAUGGACGAGCAUCACCCCCAGCUCAGUCGCGUCAUCAGCCUGUUUCCCAUGAAGCCGCCCUGUCUUGUAGAGGCGGUGACGCAGGGCGUGCGGGUCCGCGCCAGCGUGGUGUACGUGCCGGAAGCCAAGCACCAGGGCCGUCACCUGUUCGCCUACUCGAUCCGCUUCAGCUUACUGGAGAAUGCGCCACUGAGGCGGUGUCAGCUGACGCGGCGACACUGGGUAAUCAAGCCGGAGCCGGGCGAGGAGGAAACGGUCGACGGCGAGGGCGUCAUCGGCCUGUUUCCCGUCCUGGAGCCCGGAAAGCCGGAGUUCGUGUACUGCAGCUGUACCAACCAGUCAACGACCCAUGGGUCGAUGGAGGGCAGGUUCCAGUUCGUGCCCGGUACUAUUGAACGGCCUGAAGGUGCCACUUUUGACGUUAUUUGCCCCGCCUUCCGGCUGGACGUGCCAGAGUACAUCUUCUGA